UAAACAUUAAGUUGGUUUCUAUGGCAGCAAUACAAUCUGUAUACUUUAGACUUUAGGAAAAGUCUGUUAGUACAAUACCAAGUAAUUUUUCAAACUGAAUACCCGGGUAAGUCGCCAAAUGUUUAGUCUUAAAUUUCUUCUUAGAAAUUUAUGUUUCCCUUCGAGCCUAUAAAUCAAGAAAACAGCAGUCGUGAAGCUUUAGUUCCUCGAGAGCCACUGGUGAAAAUGACCACGCUGGACAAAUCCUUCGUGGGUCUAACGGGCCUACUGCUCCUCACGGCCGGAUACAUUUAUAUCUUUAAGGACAGCUGGCAACCUCUCUGCUCUAAACCUUUUGUGAAGAUUGGAGAACGCUGUUACUUCUUUUCCUCCAACAAGGCGCCCUCCUAUGAAUACUACAGAAUGGUCUAUAAGGAUCGUGAACUCAGCGUUCCUGUAAUAAUGGACUGGAUGCACGCGAACUUCGCAUGUGAGAUGAUUGACCCGCAGUCUCGGCUGGUGACUGUUCGCAGUUUUCAGGAAAUGCGACUCAUAUCCGACUUUAUGCGAUAUGGGGCCCACGCCCAGACCCAUUCAAUUUUCUGGAGCGGUGGACAUCGGGGAAGAUUGUCGGAUCCGAAGGAUGUCGAUCAUGGAACCUUGGUCGACUUCUACUGGCACCAAGAUCCCCAUCCGAUGAACUUCACCAAUUUUGUGGCCACGGAGCCACCGCCUCGCAAGUUUGCGAAUGGCUUCUGUGUCUAUUUGGAGUUUACGGGGGAGGAGCUGGUGAUGGGUGUCGAAAAAUGUGACAGAAGAAUAGCAUUUGUCUGCGAACUGAACUGAUAGUUAGAAUUAUACAUUUUUAAAAUUUAUCCUCUCUUUUAAAAUUACUUCUCUUCCAUGCUCUUUUAGAGUUAAACUUUUAAAAGCAUUAAAACAAUAAAAAAAAAAUUAUCAAAUUCAUAGGUAAAGUUCUGUUUUGAGUUACGAACAGAAUAUAUAGGUCUAGGUCAAAUGCAUUUUAAAAAUAAACUGAAAGCUGAUUAA